CUGAGUGAAGAGAUUUUGUUGCCUGUGCACCUGUUCUCAUCUGAUAUAGCCUAAGAAUAAGAGUAACAACAAAAGGGAAAAUGAGACUUCUGCUCCUUCUCCUGCUUGUCCAAGCAUUCCACCUGGCAUCACUCCAAUAUACAACAGACUCUCCAGGGAGAACGAUUGAUAAGAGUUGGUUGCGUGCACGAGGCAAAAUUCCACAAGGAAGUGAGAAUGCUACGGUUACUAAAGGAAACGAUGAGGGAGCUGAUGUUACAGAGUCAAAUAAUGACUACAGUGGGACAGCAUCUGGCUCAAUGGUACCAUAUUCAGGAGAAGAGGAAAACAGUGGAAAUGAGAAAUGGGAGGAGCAGAAUGUUACCACCACGACCCUGAGUCCUGAAGUUCAAAACGGUACGAUCGAGCUAACCGAGCUGCCGCCGACCACAACCACAGAUCCCACAAACACAAGCCAGAUCAACAUGAUGGAAACUGAAGGGGAGUUUAAUAAAACGCUGACCCCGCGAAACUCCACCAGCUUCCCAGAUUACUCUAAUCGCACUGAUUUAGAGUCACAAACCUCAGUUCCAGAGACCAACACUACAGAAGAGCACACAACAACCAGCACAACAACUCUGACCACAAAAGUGGUGCCAGGGAUGAACGCGACAACCACCACAUCUUCACCUACAACGGUGUUUCUUCCCGACGUCCCGGAGACUACAACUGCUGCUGCUCCAAACACGCCUGAGAAGGUCAACAAGACUGACAAAAGCGCGGGCUUAGCGGGCAGCUCCGAUACAGACGAAGGUUUCGCAACAGAUCCCCAGAUCAGUAAACGACACAACGCCUGGGGAGCAGUGCUGGGAACAGCCGUGGCUGUGACAUUUGUGGGACUGGUGGCCUUCGUAAUCCUGAAGAAGAAACAACAGAAGGCCUUCUCUCACAGGAAGCUGGUUGAGGAGUAUCCUUCCGAGCCAGUUCUCAGAUUAGACAGCAGUGAGCCUAUGGACUUGAAGUUUGGUGCCUACUACAACCCAGGAGUACAAGGGGACACCAUCCAAAUGUCCAACCUUCCAGGACGCCGUUGAAACUACAAAGUCAUGAACUCCCUUUCAAAAAAUGUUUGCCAGCUAUGAUUAUUGGCAUUCAGUAGACAGCUUACUGUCUAAUGUGUGGAUUUUUGUAAAUAAGAUGGUCUGAGAGUGGCAUUUGUGGAUGGGAAUUACAAAGUGAAUUAUGUAGGUCUCUUGUCAGCCACAGAUGAUACUUAUGUCAGAUUAUGUAUUACGUUAAUCAGAUUUGCUGUAUUUAACUAGGAAUCACUGAAGGCAAUCCAUCUGAGUACACCGAGAAAGCCAAAAUGAGCUGUUAGCCAUUUAUGUGUGUUGCCAAAGGGAAUCAAAGACAGUCUUUCUUAAUGAAGAAUUUGCUUUGCAGUCAGUGAACAAUGUCAAAAUCAAAAGUUUUUGUCUUACUUUUAAACAUAUUUGUGUGAAUGGCACCAACAGAAUUCAGUUAAUGACCAGCAAAACAGAAACAUUAGCAUAAAAGCACAUCAAAGCACAACGAGGUUUCAGCUGAUGCAAAAUGUUUGAAAAAAAAAAAAUAGCACUGAUGUCCUGCCGUCUAAAUAGCAGACGACACAGCUGGCCUAUCGAGGCCUUUGCAACAAAAUUCAGAAGCCGUGGUGAACAAUAACAUUAUCCAUAUCACCAAUCACAUGCUGUUACAGCAUAAGGUAGGCAAUAAGCAGUUAAAUUCAAACUGUGCUUUUCAGAUAUUCCACAACUGGCAGUCAGAGUCAGAGAAUUGAAGCGUCAAAGCCAAAGACUUCAGUUUGUUUUCUACACACUAGUGACUGAGAGGGAGGGAGGCUGGGUGCUGCGUUGUUAUUCAUAGGCUGAGAUUUUGGUAUUCUGGAAGGGAGCUGUGUAUUUGGUCUACGCACUACUCAGAAGCAACAACUAUAUCAACAUAAUAUACCGUUUAAAUCUUCUGACCUCCAGGUGUCCAAACACAGAUUUGACUUUCUCGUAGUGACUGUGUGCACAUCGGUACAUACUGUUUACCUGCAGCAUAACCACAGCAAAUUUAGAAAAAAGGCUAGCGUCAUUAUUAUUAUUAUUUUUAUUCUUCUAUAAUUUUGCUUCAGAAAAAAGCAUCUCUUAUUUAACUGCUCCACUGUGGCUGGACAAUAGGUAGCUAUUAACUCCAUUCUGUAUGUAUUGAAUGCAACUGUACAAGAAAAUCUAACAAUAUUGCUUAUUUCUACACUGGUUCUGUUAACACACAUGCUUUUUUAAAGAAAAUAAAUCCAGAUAUAUACAUAUCUUUCAGCUCACUCAGUCCUUUCACUCAUCAUUACCUGAGUGACACCAACACUCAAUCAAUAUGCUUCCUUUCUAUGAUUGAUAUGUACCUCAGCUUUGCCCUAAUAGUGAAUAGACAACUGUCGCACACACACACACACACACGUAAAUAUAUACAUAUAUACUGUGGUUAGUUCAGCAGACAUGUUGGGUCUGCUUCCUUCCUCUCUAAUUUUACACAUCAAUCAGUGCAUGAAGCAUUUUUUCUGAGUCAGAGAAGCGAGUUUAGCAUUGCAGUAUUAAACGAGGCAAUGCAGUUGGAUUAUUGGAGAAUUCUACAUGGGUUGUGAUUGCUUGUAAAUUAUACGUAACUGGAUGAUGCUUUACUAAAUAAACAGCCUUCCCAAAACUG